AUGGGACCGGACUAUGCAGUCGUUGCCCAGCCGCUGGUUGAUCUUCCGCGUAAAGACGCCAGUUUCGAAUUGAUAGAGCUUCACACGCAAGCGGUGCGGCAACUCGAACAGCGCUUAAUCGACUACACUACAUUACAAGUCCCUGACACCACGAAACCCUUCGAGUUAUACACAGAUGCCGCUGGUUAUGCGAUCGGAGCAGUUUUGGAACAUGACGGCAAACCCAUCGGCUUCCUCAGCCAAGUCAUGAACCCGACGCAACAGAAGUACUCGAUCUACGAUCAGGAACUCUUGGCAUUGGUCAUGGCACUGAACAAGUGGUCGCACUUGCUCCGUGUCUCCAAGGUAACGGCUUACACUGAUCAUCAAGCUCUCACCCAUCUCCAACGACUCCAAGCAUCGAAGCCUCUGCGCGGAAGCACCGCCCGGUGGCUAGACUUUCUUGCGGAGUUCCCGGAUUUGCACAUCACGUAUGUUCACGGAGCGCGCAAUCAAGUUGCCGAUGCCUUGUCUCGCCGUCCCGGUCUUCCUAACACCUGCUCGCACGACACACCAUCGGUACCACUGAUGCUCGCAAUAGGACAGGCGAGCGCGGCUCCCCGCUCUCGUGGUCGGCCUGCCAACUACAGGGAGCUCGCCGGAAUUCGUUCGCGACGACCCAGACGACGGAGCAUGCCGUCAGCACCUUCACUUGGGGCGCCCGAACCCAACCCAGAGGCGGCACAUGCUACACUCACAACGAAGACACCGGCUGACCCUCCUGGUGUGCGCCAAUGGCCGCAAGCCUAA